AUGGACUCUGCCCAGCAGGACAAAGCCGGAGCCAAGUCCUGCAUAAAAUGCCCAGAGGGGAAGUACUGCGCUGGAACAGGAAAUACAGCUCCUACAGGAAACUGCGCUCCCGGAUACGUUUGCUACAAAGGGUCAACGAGUAGGGAGCCCCAAGAUGAUACUACAGGCGCCAUCUGCCCCAAAGGCAUGUUUUGCGAAGAGGGAGCAACACACCCUACACCAUGCGCACCAGGCACAUACACUAAUGCAACAGGUCAACACACCUGUCUACCCUGCCCAGAAGGGUUUUACUGCGAUAAGGCAGGAGAGGAUCCAAAAAAGUGCCCGGAAAAGAAAGUGUGCGCUGAAGGUAGCGCUCGGCCGGGCUUGUGCCCGCUUGGCUCAAUCCCAAACACAGAGGCUGAUGCUGUCGACGUCUGUGUUCCAUGCCCACAAGGCAAGUAUUGCAGAGGAGCAGUCGUUGCAGGAGACUGCCUUCCAGGGUAUGUUUUUGUUUGA